AUGGAGCUUUCCCAAUUACUUUUGUUAGAGAAUGGAAGAGGAAUAACCUCAACUUCCAAUUACUUAACUAGACUCGGAAGCUAUGACAUUACUAGGCCAACUGCUAAUGUCAACAUGAUGGGAUAUGCUAAUUGGAACUCUGGCGUUUCGACAGAUUCAGAUCGAAGUCCUUUGAGGCGUGGCUACAUUAAAUCAAAUCGGCAAAGCCAAGAAGGCGAGUCAACAUCAGGAAACCUUCCAGAUAUUCCUAAAAAGUCGAGGAGAAAGAAGUCGAAAGAGUCAAAUAGUGUUGGAUCAUCUCGAUUAGGGUCACGAUCCAAAGGAUCUUAUCCUGGACCUGAUGCUGAAUCAAUAGUACCAAGAAUAGAACAAUGA